UGCCCUUAGGACCGGCCCACCUGCACCCAGGGGCCCACCCGCGGGGCUUCAGGACUGCAGUCAUUGCCGAGUUGAAGCUGAGACUCAGCUGGCUCAGGCCAGGGGUCUGUUCUGCCAGCACCUCCGGGCCCGUGCUGAGGCAGGUAUUGCUCAGCACCCACUGUCGGGCCAACAGGGCCAUCAGGGGACCUUGGGGCUUCAGGCCCCCUGAGCUUUCCUCUUCCCAGCCAGGAGCCUUGGAGCUAGGACUUUGUGACCCUGGAGAAGACUCAACCUCCCUGCAUCUCACUUUGCUAGUCCUUAAGAUGGGUGUCAGGAUGCUUACCCUCUGGAGUCCUUGUGAAGAUUCAAACAGGGACUGGGGAGAGAGGAUGGGGGCCUGAGAAAUGUUUGUGGUGAUUCACAUCCCCCUGGCUACCAAGCCCAUGGCUGCCUGGAACACCCCCCAACAAGGAACUCAGGAAGGAAGUGGGGUGGGAUCAAGGGGCCCAUUUUACAGCUAAAGGUGAGGCUAGGAGGGUAGGAUGACUGAGCCAAGCCCAGCUCCAGUCCCCUCACUGAUUCUGUACCACCCUAGAAGCUGGGAAAGGUUCCCAUCUGUAAGAAAACCCAGGCAGUGAGGCCCAAAUGGCACCUCCCCUUUUCCCACAUCUCCAGGGACAGGGUUCAGGGUUCCCUCUCCCCCAGGACCCCAACCUGUCUCCAAGGUGUCAGAGGCCCUUCCCCCAUCAGGCCCCCUCAUUCAGCCACCCCCAAAUCCAGGCAAUGCCACUUCCCAGUCUGUCAGGACCUUUCCAGAGAGUCCCAGAGCCAGGAUCUUGGCCCAGGUACCCCACCCCACCCCAUCACCCAUGCAACAGCUUCUACCAAGGAGACCGUGUCCCCUGCCCUCCCCCGGCCCAGCACCUGAAACUGCCCAGAGGCCUAAGGAGCUGGAUCAUGACCUGGCCUAGGCACCCUGCUCACUCCAAAAGCAACUUCCUACCCUUGCCCCCUCCCAACUCAUGUCCAACUUUUUCAGCUUAACUGGGAAAUCUGCUCCCAGUGUCUCUCCCGGGCUUCCGCAGCCCCUGCCCUCCCUCUGGCCAAAGUGAUCCCUCAGAGGGCCCCCCUUCCCCUGACUGCAAAAAGCCUGACCGCCAAGUCUCCUUUCGGCCUCAGCUCCGCCCAGCAGAGGGCGCCCAGGAGUGUCAAGUCUUGAAGGGAGAUGGAAGGACCAGCCAGCGGAUCAGGGCAGUCAUCCACUUUGCCCAGCUGGCCCAAUGGGGGGCUGGUUGAUAAGAGACUGCAGGUUUGCGCUGAAGAGGCCGAGCCUCUCCAGGCAGCUUACGUCAGCUGAGUCCGGCCAUGUACCCGUCCGGCAGUUGUCCAGCACCAGCCCCAUCACCACCAGACUGGGAGAGGGAAAAUAAGGCUCCUGGGUGCACGUCCCAGAGCCCUGCCUUUGACCUGGACGUGAGCACCCCCAUCCCAGGACCCCAGCUCCUCUGUGCGCCCCUUGACCCCUAGGAUUGGCUGCCCACGUGCUCAGUCCUCGACUGCGUGCACUUGGACCAUAUGUGGCUGAGCGUGGAGACCACCACCGUGUCUGUCCCCCAACCAUGACCAGGGCAACCAGGUGCAUGCCCCUGCUCUUGCGCCUGCUCUGGCUCACCAGCCCCCCAUGUGCUCAGAACCCCGGGACCCCUCCUUAGCCCAUUGUUCCACAGGCUCCUGAAGCGAACACCUCCCCACACUCCCCACCCCCACCCCCACUGAAACCCCAAGGCAGACCCUGGCCCGGGCUCACUUCAGGCUUCAGGUUCCUCAACUCCAUCUAUGGAACCUCCUGCCCAAGUUCAUGGCCACACUUUGCAGUCCAGCCCAGAGCCACCCGGAAGGCUCUAAACACAAAGGGGAGUGGAGGGGGGGGCGGGAGGGAACACCUCCUGGGGACCGUGGGGGAAUAGGGCUUGCCAGGAUGGGACCCUCCAAACUGCGAGUUCCAGGCCAUGGGGAGGUGGUUCACAUGGGGUGGCUGGCCUUGGAGCCUGGGAAGUCACCAGCUUGUCACCAGCGUUCAGUCCUUUAGCUUACUUUGAUUGGGCACCUACUGUAUGCUCUUGGCCAAUAAUCACUUGUUUCAUUCAUUCAUUUCCCUCAUUCACCAAACACUGGGUCAGUCAGCCUGUGACCAGCCUGUGCUGGCUGGUCCCAAAGACCCAGGGAGGACCCACUCUCACCAUCCCUGGUCUCCCAGGACUCCUGUUCCAAGGGGAACCCACAUCUGGGAAUGUGACCCAGGGUGCAUGCCUGAUAGUGCAGGGAUGGGGAUGGGCAGGCACAGAGGCUCCAGAAUCCUCAAGCUGUGCCUCUUAAAAGUGGACACAAACAGGCAGAGUCCUUUCCGACUGUGCGGUCUGUGGCCUUCAUGGCAGGGUGGUAAUGAACAGCUCCAGCUGGGAAUGCAGUGUCCUCAAGACAGACUGGAUCCUUCUACACCCUCGCUACUCCAGGGCAUCACCUGGGAUCUUUAGAAAUCUGAGGCUCCACCACAGACCUGAGGCAGAACCUGCACUUUAAUGGGGUCUCAGGGUGACUCGUGGGCACAUGAGAAUCACCCUCAGAGUGUUUAAGAAAUCCCCAGGCUCAGGGCACCUGGCUGGCUCAGAGGAGUAGGAGUCUUGAUCUCGGGGUUGUGAGUUCAAGCCCCGAGUUGGGUGUAGAGGUCACUAAAAAAAAAAAAGAAAAAUCCCCAGGCUAGGGCCAAUUAAGUCAGAAUCUCCAGGAGCUUCCUUCCAUCUUUUCGUAAACUCCUAAAGCUAUUUCCAUGUAUAGCUAAAACUUGUCAGGGCUCUGCACUCUCCCUUUGUGUCCAAAGUCACUGACCUCCUACAGACCAAGUCCUGUGGUUAGGGCUCGCCUCUAUCUGGCUGGGCCUCACACCCCCACAGCGCUAGUUCGGCCCACCCCCUUCGCCCCCUCUUCACUGCUCUCCCUGCUGUCUCCAUUUUCUCUCCUGGCCCUCAGACUCCCUCCCUCCCCAGGGUGGGGGAGGGCAAGGCCUUAGCUACUACCCACCCAACCCACCCACCCCCAAAUCUGCCAUCCCAGCUAGGCCCUCUGCCCCCCACAGCUGUCCACGACCCAUGUGACAUCUGCCCCUAUAAUAGGGAAGUCCUGCUCAGAGCUGAGAAUCUGACAGUGGGGAAGUGUGGAAAUGAGGCAGGCAGAUGAGGAAACGAGCCGGCAGAAGGGCCUCACCCAUCACGCUCUCCGAACUCCUGAGUCUCCUGGCCCAGAGCUGACCAUGCCCCUUACCCCCAGAGAACUCCCCCUCCCAAGGAGGCCCUCCGGGCCUGGCACGGAGUCCUCCCUGGAGACCAGAAGUCAGCCAGCCCCCAGAAACACAAACAACUGGUGGCCACAUUGGGCAUGUGCUCACAGCCGAUGCACGAAGCAUGGAGACCAUGGAGACAGUAGCAGGCAGGACAGGAACUCAAGUGCCAGGCAGGAUCUGGGGACAGGCAGGGGCUGUCUCCGCCUCCUUUUCUUCCUCCUGUGUCCUCCCCACCCCGCCAGCAUCCCCCACCCCCGUGGGGCCCGGGGAGCAGAAGCCACAGUCACUUCCUGAAGGCACCGGCCCAGCUCAGGUCCCACUUGCCCUGUGGCCCAUCACCCGCCUGCAAGCAUGGGGAGCCAUCAGGACUUCCGGAGCCUUCAAGCAAAGUUCCAGGCCUCUCAGCUUGAGACCAGCGAACACCCCAAAAAACCCCCGAAGCCUGAGUUCAACAAACUUCUAAAGAAGUUUCCACCACCUGAGCUAAGCGAGCACCCCAGGAAGCCCCUGCAGCCCAGCUGCACUGAUCUGCCCAAGAAGCCCCCCAAACCUGAGCCAAGUGAACCCUCCAAGAAGUUCCCACAGCUCCAGGCCCCUCAGAAAGCUUUGCAGCCUGAGCCUGUGGCCGGCCACCCUGCCAAGCCCCCGCCAGAGCCCCAAUCCAGCGCCUUCCCCAAGAAGCGCCAGCAGCCUGAGCCCAAUGAGGCCACCCCAAACCCCUCCCAGCCUGACUUCGGCACCUUUCCCAAGAAGCCCCCGCAGCCCGAGUUCACUGUGCAUCCCAGAAAACCCCCGCAGCCUCAGGCUGGUGGCCUCCCUAAAAAAUCUCUGCCACAGCCUGAGUUUAGUGAGGUCCCUCAGACACCCCCCUGGAAGCCUGAGUCCAGUGAGCCCCACCCCCACUCCUCACAGCCCAAUUUCAAUGCAUUUCCCAAAAAGAUCUCAGCCCCUCAGCUGAAUGACCUCCCCAAGAAGCUCCUGCACCCUGAUUUUGGUGACCUCACCAGGAGGUCCUCAGAGCCUGAAGUCCGUGUGUUUCCCAAGCGGCCACGGCAGUCUGAAUUCAAAGCACCCUCCAAGAAGCCCCUGCAGCCUGAGCUGGGGAGCCUCCCCAGAGUGUCCUCGGAGCCCGAGUUUGGCCUGCUCCCCAAGAAGUUUCUGCAGCCCGAGUCCAGUGCUCUGCCCAAGAAGCACCUGCACGCGGAGUUCUUUGGUGAUCUCCCUAAAAAGCCCCCCCUUCCUGGCUCUGUUUCAGAGAGCUCACUUCCCGCUGCUGUCACUGCCUCCCGCCCCAGGCUCCCACUCAGCCCUGGCUUUGGAGCCAGGCAGCAGAGGUCAGGAGUUCCCGUUCACAGUGGAGGGUCGAGGCUGGGCCUCAAACCCAGCUACCCACCCCGGCGGAGGCCUCUGCCCCCAGUCAGCAGCCUGGGACCCCCUCCAGCCAAGCCGCCGCUGCCUCCUGGCCCCAGGGAUGUCCAGAACUUCCGGAGAGCCACAGCCGCAGGUGGGUCAGGGCAACCCAGGCAGAAAGCUGGGGAAGAGGCUCCCUGGCAGGGCCUGCCUCCCUCCUGCUCUCAUCCCUCCACAGCUCUGAGGAGGACCCGUUCUUCUGCUGGGAUCCACUCCCAGGCCCGACAGACUGAAGACAUCCCGCAGGACCAGGACGAGGCCUACGAGCUGUAUGACGACGUGGAGCCCAUGGACAGCCCCAGCCCCAACGGCAGAGGGGUGAGCGGGAGCAAGCCAGCUCAUGACAUGGAUGAGGCCCAAGUUUCAAGCCUAACGCCUGGGCGCAGACUGGAGGUAUCCCUGAGUCGGGGACAAGGUUUCAGCUUCCACAGCAGACCUGUUGUGUUGGAGGUGCUUGCUGGAUGUCCAGGUCGGACUGGGGCCUGAACUCAGGCAUGGGGUGGAGACAAAGACCCCUGAGCCUGUAGUCCUAGACACUCUGUGCUCUGGGGUUCCUAAGGACCCUUUUCUUCCUCUCUUCUUCCAAGCAUCUGCUCCUGGAGAGCAGGGCAGUGGCAAAGCAGACAUGUCUCCAGCCCAGCUGCAGGGUUAAUGCCUUUACCAAUUUUGAGUGGGGAAAAAAAAAAAAAGUGACUUUUAUGCAAGCCCUGUACGUGACCAUCACUGAACAUGCACAACUGCCCCCGCCCCCACGGCAACAGCUGACCCCUUGUCCCCGACAGGCUUCAGGUGGAAGCCUGAGGACCCGAGAAGCAACUUGCCCAAGCCCUGUGCUCCCAGACUGUUUCCUGGCCCCAUCUCUGGAAGGGCUUCCUACAGGGGAACCUUUUAUUAAGGGUGCCUUUGGGAUGCUCCCGCUUCCCCCCCCCAACCACCCACCCCCCGCCCCUGCACCAGAUCUGCUGCCUCUACUACUCUUCCUGAGCCCCUUCUGCUUCUCCUGGGCUUUCCUCAGGGGCUGCUUGCAACACCCUCUGUUAGCAGAGCUUCCUGACAGGGCUCCUCCUGCUUCCGCUCUGGUGAGGCUCUUGUGGCGGGGUCUGGGGGCCACUCUUGGGGCCACGGACAUGGAGAAAGGCAGUAACUGGCCCACCCCUUCCCCAAUCCCAAACAGACCAGGAACAUCCCCACCUCUGCUCACUGUCCCUGCCCAUGGACAGUCGUCUCCCCGUUCCAUGCCAGUCAUUCUGCAAGACUCUAAUCAAAUGCACUUCUCAAAUCUCUCCCUUCUUGAAACACUAUGUGGGCCCUCACUGGUAGUAUGGAUUGUCCCAAAGUUUGCCCAAGUCUAACCGCCCACUCGGCCCCACUCCAGAGGUUCUUUGCACCGCUGGGGGCUCCCCUGGAAAGGGCUAAGGCCACCAGACCUAGCUCUUACCCAGGAUUUCAACAGGUCCCCCUCAGAGCCUGCCUUACCUGCGUGGCCUGAUUAGGGUCACAAUGCCAGAAAUCCGGGCCGCAGGUAUGCCAAGUCUGCCCUGCACCAUGGCGCCCGGGGGCGUGCUCUACACUGUGCUGGGUUUGCAGGGGCCCUAGGGUGCCUCUGGGAGAAGGGGAAGCAGCCAGAGGGAAAUGUCCUGGGUGAGACUGUAGAUGGCAC